AUGGUCAAAUCGGAGGCUGCAGUUGCCAUAGAGGCAGAGUUUAGCAAAGGAGACACCCAGGAGCAUGUUGAGGAGGUAGCACUGGCCCGCGUGACAGAGGAGGACCUGUGGAAGCUGUCCCAGGAGUCGUUGAACGUAUGGUCAUGGACCGGAUUCCGUCUGGGUCUCAUCAUGUUCAUCCACGGCUGCAACCAAGCUGGCUUUGGAGUUGACUGGGGGUUAUUGGCGGUAUCAAUUCCUUGGAUCCGUGGCAUGAAUAUUUCGGCUUUGAUUGGCACUGUCUGUGGUGCACCAUUCAUGGCUUUGGCCGAUGUAAUCGGCCGUCGUGGGAUCAACUUUACCGGCAAUGCUAUUGUGAUUUUUGCGGCUUUGCUGCAGGGCUUGGCAAUUAAUCUGCCAAUGUUUAUGGCUGGACGAUUCUUCAUGGGUUUCGGAACUGCGCUCAUGUCGAGCUCGCAGUACAUUGGUGAAAUAUCGCCUGUUCACCUGCGUGGUCGCAUGGUCGGCUUUUUCGGGGCAUGUUUCCAAGUCGGUAGUCUGACCAUGCUCGGUGCCAUGAUUGGACUUUCUACUCUGCCGGGCAAUCUUUGCUGGCGCAUCCCUCUCAUCCUCGAGGCUCUCUUCCCGGCCAUUGUCUGUCUGGGCAUUUACCUCAUCACCCCCGAGUCGCCUCGUUACUAUGUCAUGAGGGGCAAUCGACAAAAAGCCAAGGAGAUUAUAGCCAAAUACCACACCACUAGCACGGAUGUCAAUGAGCCGAUUGUUGAGAUUGUUGUUAGACAGAUUGAGGAGUCCCUGGAGAGCGAUCGCGAUCGGUCGGGCACCAGGGCCUUCUGGGACUAUCGGGUCUUCUUCACCAAGACCGCGCGAUACCGUCUCCUGGUUCUGGUCUUGUAUUCAAUCUUCCAGCAAUGGAACGGAGGCAGCAUUAUCACAUACUAUAUGACCCCUUCAUUGCAGCAGCUUGGCAUCGAUCGCACAAAGCAGCAACUCGGCAUUACCAUUGGAACCACAGCCGUUUACUUUGUCUUUACGGCCGUCGGAUCGUUCCUCGUUGACAAGUUCCGCAGGCGAACCUUGAUAUUUAUUGGCCUGAUCAGCAUGAUUGUCUUCCAGACGGCCACCACGAUCACAUCAUGGCAGUAUAGUCUCCACGCCAACACCGCUGUUGCGGCACUCACUCUUCUCUGGAUCUUCCUUUACCAGACUUUCUCUGCGACGUUUGUUGCGACCAUGCACAACCUUCUGAUACAAGGUGGUGCUGGAGCCGCGCAGACGUACGGAAUCGGAGUCGGCAUCGCAAAAGUAGGAUACAAGAUUUGGGUAGUGUAUAUCGUUUACAACACCAUCCAACUUGUUUUGUCCUAUUUCAUCUUCCCAGAAACUGCCGGUCUGUCUCUGGAGGAGAUUGAUACGGUAUUUGAGACCCCUGGUGUUGCGCCAGUCAAGAUGUCGUUGGACAUCCAACAGGCCAAGAAGGAGAGAAGCGCCGCGGGACGGGACGAGGAGACUAGGUUUGGAUAA